AUGUUCAGCGCAGAGCGAGGCAAAGGGGCCCACCUUAACGGAGUGCCCGUAAAGAGCUCGGGGUGUACAGACAUUGGAGCGGCUCUCGCGUGUGUCUCCUUCGGCGUCUCCACGCUGCGGCAGCUAGAAGUAACAACAGACGAAACGCGUCGGGCCUACCUCAAAAGAUUUCAAGAAUGCGUAUUGAGUAACGUGGGCUACUUGACACUCAACUGUUUAGACAUUCGACACAUUGGCAGCACAGCAAUGGAGCUGUGUUAUCUCGCUGCGGGCCGGCUGGACUGCUUAGUCACCUUUGGACCUAAGGAAUGGGAUCUUGCUGCUGGCUGUCUUAUCUUGGAAGAAGCCGGCGCCGUCUGCAGCGACCUGCGAGGCAACCAGCCCGUGAGCAGCAGCAGCACCUGCAGCAACAGCAGUAGCAGCAGCAGCAGCAGCAGCACCUGCAGCAGCACCUGCAGCAACAGCAACCGCAUGUGCAGCAGCAGCAACCGCACCUGCAGCAGCAGCAGCCGCAGCAGCCUCACAUGCCAAGUAAAGGGCUACUAG